AUGGCAUCCCCUGAACAGUUAAACCGCUACAGCCUCCUUGAUGACCAGAGCGGAGGAGCACACCCUGCUCUACUCAAGGCCCUGGUGGCUGCCAACACAACACAAGAGACUUCAUAUGGCAAGGACAGAUACAGCGAGUCUGCGCGGCAAAGGAUUCGCCGGCACUUGGGCCGCGACGACGUUGGCAUCUUCUUCGUGCCCACUGGAACAGCAGCUAACGCCAUCUCCAUCGCGGCUUGCCUGCGACCACAUGAAGCCGUAAUUUCUGCGACUUCUGGGCACAUCAUAGCCAGGGAGACAGGCGCGAUAGAAUUAAGUGGUCAUAAAAUCAUCCAUGUCGCGCCGCAGAAUGGAAAGGUAACCCCAAAAGCUAUCCAGCAAGCCAUAGACGAUCAUUGGCAUUUCCCCCACAUGGCAAAACCUCGCUUGGUAUACAUCUCGAACGCAACCGAGAUCGGUACCGUUUAUACCAAGGAGGAGCUCACAGCUAUCAAGCAAAUCUGCCAAGACAAGGGACUGCUUCUCUUCAUGGACGGUGCUCGCAUCGGGAAAGCCCUCAUGUCAAAGGCCAGCGACCUGACCUUGCAGGAUAUCCUGGAGCUGACGGACAUAUUCUGGAUUGGCGGAACCAAGAAUGGCGCCUUGUUGGGUGAGGCCGUCGUGGUCAAAGACCCGAGCAUAGCUUCAGAAUUUGAGUUCUACAUUAAGCAGCACGGUUCCCUCAUCGCCAAUGGCCGAGUAAUCGGUUCACAGUUCGCCGAGCUCUUCCGCGAGAACCUGUACUUUGAUCUUUCCCUCAAGGCUAAUCUGUUUGCCGAGACGCUGUCUGCCGGCAUCUCCGAGGCUGGAUUCACGGUAUUGGCUACGACUGAGACAAAUUCGGUUUUUACGGUCCUACCGUGGGAUGUAAUCAAGAGGUUGCAAGAGCAUUUCGUCUUUUAUAUUUGGGAAAAUCGAGGGGAGACAGAGGCCGUGGUGCGUUUCUUAACUACGUGGGCUACGGAUGCUACACAAUUGGAUAGGCUUGUGCGCCUAUUGAACAGCUCUUCUUAA